AUGCGAGGUGCCCGGUUUUUCUUGGUCAAGAGUAACAAUCAUGAAAAUGUGGCUUUGGCAAAAGCUAAAGGUGUGUGGUCAACUCCUCCACAGAAUGAAGCAAGAUUCAAUCAGGCAUUCAAAGAAUGUGACAAUGUCAUACUUAUAUUUUCUGUGAAAGAAAGUGGAAAAUUUCAAGGAUUUGCUCGACUUGCUGAAGAAUCAAGCAAAGACCACCCUCCGAUUCGCUGGGUCCUACCCCCAGGCAUGACACCAAGAGCUUUUAGUGGAGUGUUUAAGCUAGACUGGAUCAGCAGACGGGAUCUGGACUUUACCAAAACAAACCAUCUCUUCAAUCUCUGGAAUGACAAUAAGCGAGUGAAAAUCGGACGUGAUGGUCAAGAAAUUGAACCUCGAUGUGGAGAAAGCCUUUGCAAGUUGUUCCCCUUUGAUGUCAACUUGGAUAUCUCAGAAGUUGUGCGCAAAGCAAAGAAAGCUCACAUGCGUGCAGACAGAGACAUCAGAGAACGACCUCCUCGUAUAAUCGCACCCCGAAGGCCACCUCUACCCCCGGGGCCCGGGCCCGAGUUUGCCAGACGACGUUCAAAUAGAGAUGAAUUCUUUGAAGGUCCGCCGGGUCCAAGACAGAAACGCAGCCGAGGCAAAUUUGAAAGAGAACCUUUUUUUGACAGACGUCCAGAGAGAACGCCAAGAUAUCCUGGAGUAAGAAGGGACACUUUCCUAAAUGGGUCAUACUCUGACUACAUGAGAGAUUUCACACAAAGACCUCCACCUCCACACCCUAUGGCACAGUUUGGUCCGAUGCCUGGUUUCUUUGAACAAGGAGGCUUCACUCCUCAGUUUGAGAGAGCACCGCGUGCAGCUUAUCCCAUGGGACCUACAGAUUUUGGGAGCAGCCAACGACCUGCAGAGUCCAGCAGUAAGAGAUCAUAUGAGCGAGAUGUUGAUGACUUCCUACGCCGCACCACCCAUGGGUUGAGCUCAAAAACCAGAAGCCGUGAUGAUCGGCGCAGUGAGAGGGACCAUGGACGAGGCAGAGAGAGGGAUCGUACUCGCGAACAUGACAGGGACCGAGAGCAUCGCAGUGAGCGUGAAUAUGAGAAGCGGGAUUAUGACAGAGACCGGGAGAGGGAGAAAGAGCGGGAACGAGAGAGAAGCAGCCGACAUCACCGGGAGAGACGAUGA